GGCGAUCAAACCUCUUGUCGUGAAGCCAUGCCCACGGCCAUCAAGGACUCGGACAAGACGGCCAAAACAAAACAGUGAGAAUUCAUAGGAUACGCACACAGCACCAGAAAUUUCAUUCACCCACGAGUAAACAGAUAAACAAGAAGGGGAAAAAAAAAAGAAAAAGAAAAACAGAAAUCGAAAAUACGAGCUGAUGAUGAUGAUGAUAGGAGAGAGAAAGAGGGAGUUAAUUAAGUAGGAGAAUUUAGAAAGUGAGAGACUGGAAGAGAGAGAGAUGAAAAAGGCCGAAAAAGGUGGGGAGGGAGAAGCGGAAAAGGAGGAAAAUUUAGGGGAAAAGUUGAGGAGAGGGGUAUUAGCAGGCAAAAGAGCGGGCCCUGCUACUCCAGUGCUCUCCUGGAGGCUUUGGUUUUCUCACGAUACCAUCAUUAAGGAUCACCAUCUCCAUCUCCAUCUCCAUCAUCAUCACCAACCUUCCUCCGUCUCCGCCAGGAAGCUCGCCUCUGCUCUCUGGGAGUUCCACCACUACUACUUCCCAAUGCAUCGCCCUUCCAACAACGGUGUUUCUUCUGAUCCUAGACUUCGCCGCCACCAUCACUACCAUCUCCACAAGGACAACCCUCCCACUCACCUUACCUCCUUCUUGCCUGAUGCUUCUCCCAGUUCCCCUGAUCAGCCAGCCAGUGCAAGCAGUUUGAGGAGGCAUGUCGCAGCAUCCCUGAUGAAGCAUCACCGAGCACUUGAAAGAAACAAUCAUGCAUUGCAACCUGUAUCACCGGCAAGUUAUGGUAGUUCCAUGGAGAUGGCACCUUAUAAUCCUGCAGUUACUCCUACGAGCUCCUUAGAAUUUAAGGGAAGGGUUGGGGAUCAACAUUAUAGUCUCAAGACAUCCACCGAACUCCUUAAAGUGCUAAACAGAAUCUGGAGCUUGGAAGAACAGCAUGCAUCUAAUGUUUCUCUAAUAAAAGCUCUCAAAACAGAACUGGACCAUGCACGUCUCAGAAUCAAAGAGUUGCAUCGAGAUCGGCAAGCAGAUCGACAUGAGAUUGAUGAGUUGAUGAAGCAAAUUGCAGAAGAUAAACUGGUUAGAAAGAGUAAGGAACAGGACCGACUACAUGCUGCUGUUCAAUCUGUGAGGGAUGAACUAGAGGAUGAGAGGAAACUGCGAAAACGAUCAGAGAGCCUGCACAGGAAGUUAGCCCGAGAGCUGUCUGAGGUGAAGUCCUCUCUUUCUAGUUCUCUGAAAGAGUUGGAUAGAGAGAGAAAGACAAGGGGAUUAUUGGAGGACCUCUGUGAUGAGUUUGCCAGGGGAAUCAAAGAAUAUGAACAAGAAGUGCGUGCUCUGAAACAGAAAUAUGACAAGGAUUGGGCUGAAAGGGCUGAUGAUGAUAAUUUAAUUCUCCACAUAUCUGAAUCAUGGCUAGAUGAACGGAUGCAAAUGCAAUUAGAAGCAGCUCAGAAUGGUUUUCCCGACAAGAAGUCAAUCGUGGAUAAACUAAGCCUUGAAAUAGAGACUUUCCUUAAAGCUAAACACAAUAAUAGGAGCACGGAGAACCUGGUAGCAAGGGAUAGAAGGAAUUCUCUUGAAUCUGUUCCCCUGCAUGAUGCUGUGAGUGCACCACAAGAAGUGGGUGAUGAUGAUUCUGUAGGCAGUGAUUCAAACUGUUUUGAGUUGAACAAGCCUAGACACAGGGGACCUAUAGCACAUGAAGAUGACAUUUUAGACACUACUGUUGAUGAGUCAAUAAAAGCCAAGCAAACAAGGAAAAAGCCAACAAGUCGUGAAAGGAUAAAAAGUCAUAGUCCUUCUAGCUUGCAAGUGAAGCUUGAAGAACAGGUGGCUUGGGCCGUGCCAAGUAACUCUAACAAGAAGUCCCAAUCAAUUGAUGCAGAAGCACAACAGGAGAAGACCAAAGAUACAAAGGCAGUUGAAGGAUUUGAACAGAGUGAGGCAAGGGAAGACAGUAAUAAUUUUGACAGAAAAAAUAGCCCCCUUGAACUGCAAAGCUCCAAUAAAAGUCACAUAAUCGACAAUCUCAUCAGAAGCCAAAUUUUGGCAUCAGAAAGUGGAGAUGUACAUGCCGAGAGUAGUUAUGGGGAGGCUUCCUGCAGUAAUGCUGGAUGGAGGAAUCAAGCAAGUCCCGUGCGGCAGUGGAUGGCAAGACUUCCAUCCCAAAACCCUGAAAUCACCGAGUCUUCGAAAGCGCCCCCAGGUUUAAAGGAGAACACAUUGAAAGCGAAGCUUCUUGAAGCAAGGUCCAAGGGACAACGGUCGCGUUUGAAAGCCUUGAAGGGGGUUGCCCUUUAAAGGAAUGUGAAUUGUGAUUGCAUGAGGAGUUGAGUUCGAGAGUUCUGGUAAGUUCUGAGUUGGCUGAUGAAUUUUAAUGUUUUGGGUAUUACUUAUUGCGCCUCUGCCGCUUCCUUUCAGCUCAAGAGUUUUGCUGUGUUCAUACUGUAUCUGUAACAUUUUGCGUUCUGGAUUUAGUCAAUAUACUAGUAUAGGCGUUGUCGUAUAGCUGAAAGAAUCAGGUCAACUUUAAAGAACAAAGGAAAAUGUACAAUCUACUAUUCUGAAAUGCAACUUGCAACAUGGUGGGGUUUUCCUUAAA